UUGGCUUAUUACAAAAUGAUAAAGGGUACAAUUACCGCGCUGUUUAUGACUCUAAUAGCACGAACAUCAUACGAUCCGAUGAUAACAAACGAUGUAACGGAAGAAUACGACUUCAUUGUUGUUGGCGGAGGUGCAUCAGGAGCAGUUGUUGCAAGAGAACUUUCAGACAAAACUGGAAUGACGGUGUUACUGCUGGAGGCGGGUGACUCAGAUUGGGGCAAUCGUUUAGUUCCCAGUCCAACGAUGUUUGACAUGUUGCAAGAAUCUCCUGCCAACUGGAACUACGAUAUAGCAAAACAAAAAUAUUCUUUACUUGAAAUGGGAGAGAAUGCAAAAUAUCCCGGAGGAAAAAUUCUUGGUGGAUCAACAUCAAUUAACGCAAUGGAUUACUUGAGAGGAAGUCCACAUGAUUAUGAUUCUUGGGAAGAUCAUGGAGCAAAGGGAUGGAGUUGGAAAUAUGUAGAGCCUUUUUUUCGGAAAAAUGAAAACGCUAUCGACAAUAAAAUAUCAGAAAAAGCAGGAAGAGAAGGUCUUCUAAAUAUCAGCAUUUCAUACCAACAUCCAUUUUCUAGAAGGUUGGUGACGGCGGCAAAAGAAAUCGGUAUAAAAGAAGUUGACUAUUUUGAUGAAAUUGAAGGAAUAUCUCCACUUGUUUGCACCAGAUACAAGGGAUUAAGACAAUCGUCCUCAGACGCGUUCUUGCGAUCGGGAUAUAAAGAACGACAAGAAAGUUUGCACGUUGUAACGAAUGCACUUGUAAGCAAGGUUCACGUUGUCACUGGCGAGAACGGUAAACAGAAAGCUACUGGUGUGAAGUACAUCAAAGAUGGUAAAAUAAACAACGUUAGAGCCAGAAAAGAAAUUAUUUUAUCGGCUGGUACAAUAAGAACUCCACAACUUUUGAUGUUGUCAGGAAUCGGACCGAAAAAUCAUUUAAAAAAGUUGAAGAUAGAAGUUGUAAAGGAUUUGCCAGGCGUGGGAGCGAAUCUUCAAGAUCAUAUGGGGCUUUACGUUUAUCACGCAAUUGACGACUACCUGUAUGCAACACAAUCAACAACGGAAUCUAUUAUGGAAUACAUCAUGAACGGUACCGGAUAUAACUCAGCUGUUUGGGGCAGUGGUGUUGUGCUUCAUCAUAAGACAAAGUAUUUUGGAACUAAUGUGAGCCUAAGCACCAAAAAACGACCAUUUCCUAGUAUACAAGCACUUUUUACCCCAAAGGAUGCACCUUUGCCUUUCAAGACAAAAGAAAACUAUAGGUUUAAUACCGCACUGUUAUUGGGAGUUCAGCAUCCUAAAUCAAAGGGUGCAAUUCGAUUAAAUUCGACGAAUCCGUUUAACCAACCUAUUAUUGAUCCAAAUUAUCUAUCCGAAGAAGAUGAUAUAAAGAUGUACAUUGAAGAUGAGCUAAACAGAAAGCAGAAACCUUUCAUUAGCUUGGUUCUCAACAGGCUAUUUUCAGGAUUUAGAAAGCUGGAAGAAUUCGAAAUGUCACAAACUAUGAAAGGAAUCGGGUUUCGCCUGAUAACACCAGAAGUAUGCAACGGAUCGCUCUACACUAAGCCUCCCAGGCCCGAUGAGUUAUAUCGAUGUUACGUGAAAAAUUAUGGUGUUGGAUAUCACGCAUGCUGUACUGCUAAAAUAGGAAAAGAAAAUGAUGAAAUGGCAGUCGUUGACGAAAGACUUAGGGUUCGAUAUGUCGAAAGCCUGAGAGUUGCCGAUGCAUCCGUCAUGCCUCAUGAGACUUCAUCUAACACCCAAGCUCCUUGUUAUAUGAUUGGACGGAAAGCUUCAGAAAUGAUAAAGGAAGAUUGGAACAUAUAA